UUGAUUAGCAGUGCAUGACAAGCACAAGAUCAGUAAAUGGAUACGCGCUUUUUGUAUUGGAAUCGUAAUUUUAAACUCAGCUGUGAGUAAAACAUAGAAAAGUGCCGCAAGUUAAUGACCAUGUGUGAUUAGAGUAACGAUAAGCGCGCGGCCUGCACCAUUGUACAUGAGUCAGGGUGCGCUCAUUUUUGAUUAGGCUGCAAGUUGUUAACAAACUGAUAAUGAUAGCGUUCAAAGUUUAAAACUUGAGACCAUGCAAAUCCGGUAAUAGCGUAUGCCCAAUCAGCCGAUAAGCAAGCAAGAAACUUUAGUAUUUAACAAACAGCAGUUGGAGCUUAUUGAUAUCAUGAAUUUGCUGCUGCGCUUUAUUGUAUUCUGCGUGGAUCCGCUGGGCCUGGGCCGCCGCUUCUUUGUGCGCCCCGCAGUAAAUCUAACGCUCAAUGUGUACGACCGCUUUCGCAGCAAAGCUGAUGAAAAGGUCGAUACGCUGCGUGAACUGGUGCUGCGCCUGGGACUCAUAGCAUUUGCUGUAGUGCUGAUCAUUUGGCUGGCGGUGUUCAUAUAUGCGGCUUUCUACUAUGUCUACAUGCCGCCCAUAUCGCAUACGCGACCCGUGCACAUGCAGUUCAAAACCUGCCUGGAGACCAGCACGCCCUGCACAUUUCCGCAUGCGCAUGUGUCGCUGACUAAGAAGCAGCAACUGUUGAUGGUUGGCCAGGCAUACAAGGUGAUUGUCAACAUAGACAUGCCCGAGUCGCCGCAGAAUCUGGAGCUUGGCAUGUUUAUGGUUUGCGCCGAAAUGCGCGACUACGAGUCCAUGCUACGUGGACAUUCCUGUCGCUCGGCCAUGCUGCGCUAUCGUUCGCCUUUGAUACGUUUAAUAUCCACAUGGGCGCUUAGUCCGCUUUAUGUGAUGGGCUGGAAGGAGGAAUUCCAAAAGGUGCCUGUGGAAAUAUUCUCACGCUAUUUGGAGGAGCGUCAGCAUCCCAUUACGGAUGUCUAUGUGGAAAUACAAUCACAGAAAAUUCAAUUCUAUACGGUGACGCUGCAUAUUGAGGCGGACUUUACGGGCCUGCGCUACAUUAUGUUCAACUGGCCCGUGCUGUCGGCUAUUGUGGCGAUUAGCACCAAUCUAUUCUUUAUAUUGGUCGUGUUUCUGCUCAGCUGGUACCACUGGUCCGACGCCAGCUGGCUACACAAUCUGCAAAUCAAAUACGCCAAGUUCACGCACAAGCUUCAAAGUCAAGCCAGCAGCGUAAUCCUCUCCAGCACCAACAGUCUGCGCGAUGAAGAUGACGCCGACGAUGACGACGACAACAUAGACAACUUUGAUGAGCAUGAGCUGCAGUUGGAAAAGUUCGAUAUAGCGAAUGUGGGCGACAAUGUGGAUGAUCUGAAGCUGAGAAGGCGACAGAGCGACAAACCCGAAACGUUGCGCCAGCGCAAACUGAAGCAUUGAGAGCGUUGCCCCAAAGACUAAUAAUAGUUUUUAGAAUUAUUGUGCCAGCAGUAUUGCUCAACAAUGCCGAAUUUCAUAACUUAUACUAGUAAGGCUUGAAAGUUACUAUUUAUGAAUUGUACAUUGAAGUAUACAUACAGAAAAUAGAAAUGUGUUUGAAACACAAAGAACGUAAAUUAUAAUUAACUAACUCUUUAAUACACUUUUACAGCAAACGUAAUAUUGUACUAGAAUAAACUGAAAGGUACUUAGUUAAGAGCCGUAACCACAAUUCUAAGGGUUAUUGUUGCCUGUAAAAUUUUGCGAGUGCAAUUUUCAAUAUGUUUCCAUUUUGUGUAUGUAAAUAUUUUAUUUAUAA